UUUCGCAGUUGAAGUCUACAGCUACACGUGCCAAUCUGGCUGCCUAUCUUAUGUUUGCUUACUUACUUUCCCUUCCCCUCCUUCCUUAACCUGUCUUUAUAUUCCGACGUACACUGCAAAUAAACGCCCAUUCUUCCAGCUUGUCAGCGUGUGUCUGCUUCGCCUGCGUCAAGCGCAGUGUCCGACCUACGAUGUAACAGUGGCGACGAGAAACGGAAAGAAAAACCCCUGGCAAAACCUUGAAGCACAGGACGGCAGCUACGCUACGGAGCGACGACUCGACGAUGGCACACCAGCAACUGCCCGACUUCGACGACGAAAGAGACAACUGGAAGGCCUAUGUUAUCAAGGCAGAGGCAUACUUUGAGGCAACGGGCGUGAAGGAGUCGGCAAAGAAACGAGCGCUUUUGGUGGCAGCUUUAAGCACGCGCACCGUUCAAAUAUUAGCAGGACGAGUAGCGCCGAAGAAGCCGAAUUCUUUGGAGUACGAAGACGUCGUGAAAGUCUUGGACGAGUUUUUUGAUCCCAAGCGGCAUGAGAUUACCGAAAGCUUCCGCUUCUUCCACCGCUGCCAGCUUGACGGUGAGUCUGUUCAAGAAUUCAUUACGGAAAUUCGUCGAAUUGCGGACAACUACAAUUUCGGUACCAUGCUUGACCGAAUGCUACGGGAUAGAAUUGUGUGCGGCAUAAGAUCGAAUGCACUGCAGAAACAACUCCUGACAAAGAAAGAUCUGUCCGUAGAGGAAGCUGAAACAAUGGCACUGUCGGCUGAAGCUGCAGAUAAGGACGCCAAUAAAAUGGCCGCAGACACGUCGGCGGUGCUUAAAAUUAAGGCGCAGUCAGCCUCAACGAAAGAGGUACUGGCCGAAUGUGGGCGUUGUGGCAGCAUAAAGCACAACAGUAAUGCCUGCCGUUGGAGUAAUGCUCGUUGUUAUCACUGCGGUCGACGUGGUCACCUAGCAGUAAAAUGCGGGCACGAAGAAAGCGCAAGAUCUCGAACUAGAGAAGGAGCCCGGGGAUUCCGUGGCAGGGUACUGGUUGUUAAGGAAGGGGAGGCAGAUGAAGACAUAGAGGAUAGCAUGCACAUCUGGACGCUUAAAUCGACGCAGGAGGUAAAUGUGAAACCCCCAAUGCGAUGUACCUUCACAUGGGGAGGUGUGGACGUAUCAAUGAUUGUCGAUACGGGUUCCCCGGUCUGCGUCGUGUCCCGACAGCUUUUUGAGCAGCACAAAAACACUUGGCCUUCGCUACGGCCUUCACGUACUAAGUUAUCAUGCUACCUCGGAAAAUUGCCAGUUUUUGGAGAGCUCGUCUUGCCGGUGUCGUACGACAGUACAACUGUGGAAUGCACAUUGGUGUUGCUAGAUUGCCCCGGUCCAUGUUUAUGUGGUCGAGACCUAAUUUCCCUUCUGAGCGACGCAGGCUCCCCUGUCCUCAGCCUCUCAGCCAAGCCGCUGACCACACAGCCAUCUACCACCACGCAGGUCACUGCUGACGUGUUUGCCGAGUUUCCAGAUGUUUUCAGCUCGGAGCUGGGCCUCAUCAAAGGACCCGCGGCACACCUACAGCUGAAGGAGGGAGCCACGCCCAAGUUCUGCCGAGAAUUCAUCCUGGUCACAGAUCAUCAGCCGCUCCUGGGCCUGCUGAGACCGGAUCGGCCCACUCCACCUCUGGCUGCUGCUCGCAUACAGCGCUGGGCGCUGUAUUUGGGAGGAUUUCGCUACAAGUUACAGUAUUCGCCAGGCAAGCAGCUCCUGAACUUGGACGCACUUAGUAGGUUGCCACAAGAAACAUUGGAGCCAACCACGGAAGGGGAGCCACCUGACCACGUUCUGGCACUCGCAUGUGUCCAGGAGGGACCGGUCUCGGUAGAAGAACUGCAGGCGCUGACAGCAGGUGACGCAGUACUUUCAAAGGUCGUGCAGUACACAAGAGACGGGUGGCCUCCAAGCUCUAAAGCAUUAGAACGAAGCUUACUCCCCUUUUACGACCGCAAACAGGAACUGUCAUUGGCCCACCGCUUGCUGUAUUGGGGCCAUAGAGUUGUCAUUCCCGUUAACGCGCAACAUAGCAUGUUGCACAUGUUGCACGAGACACAUCAAGGAUCAUCGGCGAUGAAAUCAAUCGCUCGGUCAGCUUUUUGGUGGCCAGGAAUGGACCACGACAUAGAACAACUGUCAGCGGGGUGCACAAGCUGCAUCCAAAAUCGACCAAUGCCGGCAUCUGCUCCGCCAGUUAACUGGCCGACCUGCCAGGAGAACUGGUCAAGAGUGCAUCUAGAUUUCGCGGGGCCACUCAAAGGAAACAUGACCCUUGUUCUCGUAGAUGCUCACAGUAAAUGGAUUGAGGCCGUACCAAUGAAACAGGCGACCACUUCUUCGACUAUUACUUGCCUGCGCAGCCUCUUUAGCAGGUUCGGCAUCCCUCGCACCAUUGUUUCAGAUAAGGGGACGCAGUUCACUAGCCAAGAAUUUGCUGAUUUCGCGAAAAACAAUAACAUAACCCACCUGCGCACGGCUGCGUUUCAUCCACAGUCGAAUGGCCUAGCAGAGAGAGCCGUCCGAACUUUUAAAGAUGGGCUGAAGAAGAUGAACCAGGGCAGAUUAGAAGAUUGCCUUUGCAGACUACUUUUCAACUACCGGAGAACACCCCUUGCAUCGGGCAAAUCUCCUUCGGAACUUCUUCUUGGCUACCAAAUCCGGUCCCGCCUCGACACAUGUCUUCCUCCUUUGGUUGCAGAAAGAUCGGGAACAUCGGAUGACUGGACUCUUGCACCAGACACAAAUGUUUACGUCCGUAACUUUGGUAAAGGUGAUACGUGGAAAACGGGCACGGUAAAGUCAGCAGACGGAGCUAGGAUGGUGACAGUGGAAACGCCUGAGGGCCUCGUUCGGCGACACAUUGAUCAAGUUCACACAAGGAAAGACCCAACAGCUACCAAAGGCCACAAGGAGAGUGAAAGCUCGUCCAUCUCGAGAACCCCGGAAGAAACUUUGGGAGCAAAGCCAAAGGCAACAGCCGACACUCGUGAAACGUCACCACCACAGCGUCAGUCAUCACCCCUACCCCUGGGCCCACAAGAGACAAACGGUGAACCUACAGUGGCCACGGAACUCCGGCGCUCAACACGAGAGCGCAGACCUGUGCAGCGUCUUCAGUAUUAUUGAUGGAGAAAUGUUAUAACUGCAGUGUUCUUAUCAUUUCGCAGUUGAAGUCUACAGCUACACGUGCCAAUCUGGUUGCCUAUCUUAUGUUUGCUUACUUACUUUCCCUUCCCCUCCUUCCUUAACCUGUCUUUAUAUUCCGAUGUACACUGCAAAUAAACGCCCAUUCUUCCAG